CAACUCGGGGGAGGCGGCGGCGGCGCGGCAGCGGGGGUGCGGCCGAGGCCGGAGCCCUGCCCGGGGCAGGGCGGCGGGGCAGGCGGGCGAGCAGCGGGCGAGGCGGCGAGCGCGAGCGCGGAGCAGCCCCGGCACAGCCCGGCGUAGCCCGGGGCUGCCCGUGCCGGCCGCGCCAUUGUUGGGGGAGGGGGCGGCUGCGGAGCGCGGCGGAGUCGGGGGCGAGCGAGGGCGCAGACCGCAGGCAGCAGCGCGGAAAGCGGGGGCGCCCCAUGGGGACCACGCUGAGCUGCUGCGUGUCCCCCAAUGCCAGCCCCAAGCUGGGCCGGCGCAGCGGGACGGCGCAGCCAGACUACGAGUCUGAGAUCUACGAGGCUGUGGCCGAGGACGCGGUGGCGGUGGAGCCGGCGCCUGCUGCCGUGGAGCCCGCCGAGUUAGAUUUCGGGGCCGGCGAGGGCCACCACCUGCAGCACAUCAGCGACCGGGAGAUGCCUGACGAUUUAGCUUUGGAAUCGAAUCCCUCUGACCAUCCACGGGCAAGCACAAUUUUCCUGAGCAAAUCUCAAACAGAUGUGCGAGAAAAGAGGAAGAGCAACCAUUUAAACCAUGUAUCUCCAGGGCAUCUUACUAAAAAGUAUAGCUCAUGCUCAACAAUAUUUCUAGAUGACAGCACAGUCAGCCAGCCUAAUCUUAGAACCACAGUAAAAUGUGUGACCUUAGCAAUAUAUUACCACAUAAAGAACAGAGAUGCAAAUAGAUCACUGGAUAUUUUUGAUGAGAGGUCACAUCCACUCACACGAGAGAAGGUUCCGGAAGAGUACUUUAAGCACGAUCCUGAACACAAAUUUAUUUACAGAUUUGUUCGUACUCUAUUCAGUGCCGCACAGCUAACAGCUGAAUGUGCAAUAGUAACUUUGGUUUACUUAGAAAGGCUUUUAACUUAUGCUGAGAUCGACAUUUGUCCCACUAACUGGAAAAGAAUUGUUUUGGGAGCGAUUCUUCUUGCCUCCAAGGUUUGGGACGAUCAGGCUGUAUGGAAUGUGGACUACUGCCAGAUCCUCAAGGACAUUACAGUUGAGGACAUGAAUGAGAUGGAGAGGCAUUUUUUGGAGCUACUUCAGUUUAAUAUUAAUGUUCCUGCCAGUGUUUAUGCCAAAUACUACUUUGACCUCCGCUCCUUAGCAGAUGACAACAACGUGAAUUUUUUGUAUGCUCCUCUUAGCAAAGAAAGAGCACAGAACCUAGAGGCCAUUUCUCGAUUAUGCGACGAUAAAUACAAAGACUUGUGUCGGGCUGCCAUGAGGAGGUCUUUCAGCGCAGAUCACUUCACGGGCAUUCGGCGCUCUAAUGCCAUCCUCUCUUAAGGGAGAAGCGAGGGGUUAGAACAUCAUGGACCCCUCACCUGCAGAGACUGGAGAAAUACCACCUCUCCUCAGAAACCAGCAAGAUUAGUAUUUUCACCAAAAAGACAGAUCUCAAAUUCAAGAGACUUGUGGACACCGAGGAUUACACUCCACAGGAAAGAAUGGGACCUCGUCAAUGACAAGAACAAACUCUCUGUCCGUUUUGAUGUAAAGUGACAAAACCACUCCAAAGCAAAAGCUCCCAAACCACACAGAUAUUUGCUUCUGUGUAGGCUGAUAGCUGUGAAUUAUGUGAAGUUUUUUAAACAAUAGUUUAAAUUUUUAGACUUUAAAGACACUAACCAUAUACUUUUUAUGUUUUACCUAUUUCAUAUAACUUUUAUGUUUUUCCUAUUUUUCUUGCCCCACCCCCACCCCAAAUAAUUGCUGCAUAUACCUUUAAAAUCAAUGCAGUAUUACCACUAAACAUGGGACUCUUAACAGCUCACAAAAUCACUUAGGAGCAGACUGUAGCAUGUUAGGUAUUGAAGGAGUCUUCCUUCUUACUGUUACCACUGAAGCUGCUAGUCCUCGGCAAUCGUUUUAAACCAGAAAGCUGCUGGAUAACAUUUGUUCAUAUUCUUUGCAAACACUACUUUUUAGCUUUUUAGCAUCUCUGGGGUCAUAAAGAGAGAAAGUAUCAAAUAUCAUGGAGGUUUAUUGUUUCAUUUUUUUAGAAGGACUCAUGACACACAAUAGGAUCAGUUACUGAUCAUCUGCUUCUAUUGGGUCCCCAUUGCCAUUUCUUUUAAACUAUAAUGGUGCUUCUCAUUUUCAUAUAAUUUUCCUCUUAUUUGUUAAAUAAAUGUAUUAAAAGGUAUUUUCAUAAUGCCAGCAAACAUGGUGGUCCAAUGAUAAUGAAAAAAUAGUGAAAUACAAGGUGUUCUGAAGGCUUCAGGGCAGUGUUAUGCUUUAAGUACAGUAUGCUCGGGCCUUCCCAAGCACUGCAACAGAAGGUGUAAGUGCUAUAGAUAAACCUUUAGAAAACAUCUUGAUUAUAUCUCUUUUACGUUUCUUUUCUUUUUACAUUUUUGCCUUUUUUCUUAUACUUUUCUCUUUCUUUUAAGAGAUGGGGUCUUGUCAUGUUACCUAGCUGGACUGCAGUGGCUGUUCACAGGCACAGUCACAGCUCACUGCUUGUAGCUGGCACUCAGGUGUGUGCCUGUAGGUGCCUGGCUCCUGAAUAUCAAUCUUUAAAUUUUUUGUUUCAGUUCCUCCCCUCUUGAAGAUGGCAGACGCUGCAACAAAAAAAUUAUAAGCUUAAUAUUCAAAAUUUGCAAAAUUAAGCCAGGGAGGUGGUGUGUUCCUAUAGCCCCACUACUUAACAUUUUUUUUCUGUUUUGUUUUCAAAACUAACCUUAAAAGAAAUAAAAAUAAAAUAAAUUUAUAUUCCUGUAAGUAUCAAAACAUAAAAUUUACACUGAGACUUUUGGAUUCCCUUAUAACAGAGAUGCACCCUCCUCUUUUUAUAGGUAGUUCCUUGUAGGGCUUUGCACUAUCUGCUUUGAUCACCUAAGUUUCUUUUUCGAGAUUUGGUAAAGGAAGAGUAUGAAGAGAAGUGUUAUUCAUAUUUAAUACAUUAAAAGGAAUGGGACCCUAACAGUAGUAGGUGGUAUGAAACAGCUUUCUAAUCCUACAUGUUGACCUGGCUUCAGGUAUCCCAUUUGAAGUCUUGCUAUUUAAGAAAGAACAUAGACAAUAAGCCUUAGAAGACAAUAAGCCUUAGAACCUUUACUUCAGGCUAUACAGGCCAAGGAUUAAAUACUUUUAGAAGACUGGUAACAAUUUCACCUAAAUUUGGAAUACUAAAAAAAAAAAAGAUUAGUGUUCCCAACUAGGUGAAAUCCAUUUCUCCUACUUUCUCAAGUGUAAUCCUAGGAAUCUUGCCUAUAAACAAAACAUUUCCGGCCAGGAAUACUUCCUCUCAAUACAGCAAUGCUUCACAUUACAGUGAGUGCCGCAGGUUCCAUCAUUUCUAAAGGAUAGGGACAUAAAUGAAAAAUAAUGGUAUGUAAAAUAUUACAAUCUACCACCUCAAAAAAACAUUGGAGCUUGGAGUUUCAAGUGUUGAUUGCAGUUUUAUUUUGAAAAGAAUGCUACAAUUUAUGUGGUUUUUAUUUCUCAUGUUUAUAUUAAAAGAAAAGCUAAUAAACUCUAUUUUAAUUAAAAUACGGGUAGUGCAUUUGUAACAUUUCUAUUCACAUAGUAUUACAUCUCUGCCUAACUGAAAUGUUCUAAGUCAGUCUUGGUAUGUCUUAACCAUUUUCAAACUGACCAUUCACAACCCAGAGAUAAUUUAUUCCACUUAAAAAUCCCUGGUCACAGUUCUUAGUGGUAUAAUACAUUAGAUGGCAUCUUGGAAUACUUGGUUAUUGUGCCUAAGAGGGAAGAAUUAGGUAAAAAAUACCAAGAGUAGGGAAUUACAGGAAAAGUGCAGAAUUAGAAUGAGGUAUUUGAGGCUUUUAAACAGGAAAGAAAAUAGAAGGAUAAGAACUAGAAUUAGGAUUUCUGUACAGAGGGUGACUUAAAACAAGUCACAUAAUUUGACUUUUACCGUUUGUUCUUUUUUUUUAAGAGCUAAGGUCUCGCUCUGUUGCUCAGCUUAGAGUGCAGUUGCAUGAUCAUAAUUAUAACUCCCUGUAACUUCCCAACUCUGGGGCUCAAGUGAUGCUCCUGCCUCAGCCUCUUAAGUAGCUAAGAUUACAGGUGUGCAUCACCACAUGUGGCUGAUUUUAAUUUUUUUUUUUUUUUUUUAAGAGACUGAGUCUUGGUAUGUUGCUCAGGCUGGUCUCAGACUACUGAACUCAAGCAAUCCUUUUACCUUGGCCUCCCAAAGUGCUGGGAAUACAGGCAUGAGGAAUUGUGCCCAGCCAACAUGCUGUUAAAAAUAUUAUGCCUGUGGUUCGGUGAGUAGGGCGCUGGCCCCAUAUACCAAGGGUGACAGGUUCAAACCCAGCCCCAGCUGAACGGCAACAAAAAAAUAGCCGGGUUUUGGGGCAGGUGCCUAUAGUCCCAGCUACUGGGGAGGCUGAGGCAAGAGAAUCACCUAAGCUCAAGGGCUGGAGGUUGCUGUGAGCUGUGACGCCAGAGCACUCUACCAAGGGUGAUAAAGUGAAACUCUGCCUCCACCAAAAAAAAAAAAAAUUACAAAUCGGCUUGGCGCCUAUAGCUCAGUGAUUAGGGCACAGAGCCACAUACACUGGGGCUGGAGGGUUUGAACCCAGCCUGGCCCUGUUAAACAACAGUGACAACUACAACAACAGCAACAAAAAUAGCUCGGUGUUGUGGCGGGCCCCUGUAGACCCAGUUACUUGGGAGGCUGAGGCAAGAGAAUCACUUAAGCCCAAGAGUUUGAGGUUGCUUUGAGCUGUGAUGCCACGGCACACUACUGGGGCAACAGUGAGACUCUGUUUCAAUAAAAAAAAAAAAAAUUCCAAAUCACUGUUAGGUUCCUUUAGAACUAAGAGUAUAGCCACUUAGCUUCUUGGUAAAUCCUGAUAGUAUUAUUGGGUUUUUAUCCACUUUAAUUCUUUCGUGCUUAAAGGUCAGAUCUUUAAAUAACUGAUCACUUUGUUCUUAAUAAAUUGCUGAUUAGGAUAAGUGAUCUGAUUUAAUUUAAAAGGAACUUGUUAAUCACUUUAUAAGAUGGUUUGCACCCUAUAAUAUGCUGGUCACUAAGCAGAAAUGCUAACAGGAAUGAGUGGUCAGGUUUAAGAGUGGGGCAGGGGUCAGUAGACAUGAAUCUGUGACUUCAGGAACAAGUUGGGAGAAGAUCACUAACAUUGGUCUUCCUUUUUUGGCUUUAAUUCAAGAAGGCAAAGGAGCCAUUUUGAUAAGUGGAAAAUUGGGUCAACUUAGGAUAAGAGUAUAAA